UGCUCUUGGUUUUAUUUGGUCAGAUGACUUGAUAUAACGUCCUUAUGUAGACAGAGUUUAUCAGAUUCAGCACUUAUUUAAGCAUGUUUAUACCAUAUCUAGUACCGUUUUAAUUACGUGUCAUGUUUAUUAAGUAUAAAUCAUUAAUAAGCAUCGUACUAUAUAAAAAAAGCUGAGAAAGCUAUGAAUAAUCGUCGAUAUGGAGGUUUGAUGUUUACGGCAAUAAUUACCUGGCUGUGAAUCUGUUUAUAUCUGAUAUUGAUUAAUUCUACCUGUCAUAGUACCACGAUGUCAUGAAAACUCAUGGACUUCCCGUCGGAUUCCGUAGAACAUGAUACGGAUGGUUCAUCUGAAUGUGAUAUAGAUGCAGAAAGAUGUCUUGCACAUAAGGCAGCAGCACAGGGAAAUAUAGAAUUGCUGGUUCAUGUUGUCAAGAGUGACCCAGGGGUACUUGAGCAAGAUGAUGGUGACGGUUACAAACCUUUAGCUCAUGCAAUAAUGAUGCAACAACUCCAAGCAGUGAAGCGACUAGUUAAAAUGGGAGCCAAUAUCAAUGCACAAGACAGCAAAGGAAGAACUGGUCUGGCUGUGGCUGCUUAUCAGGGCUGGUAUGAGGGAGUAGUUUACCUACUUCGAAAAGGUGCUAAACAGAAUAUUGCGGACAAAUCAGGACGAUUACCAUUGCAUGCCUCUACGUAUAAUAAAGAUACAAGAAUUGUUGCUGCUCUACUGAAAAAUUUGUCACAUGACGCUGUGAAUUACUCAGACAAUGAGAGGAUGACUGCAGUCCAGUGGUCGUGCUUUCACAAUAGACCACAACACGUUCAGUUACUUCUUGAUCAUGGUGCUGAUAUUUCGGUGCAAGAUGUAGACGGCAAAACACCGCUUCAUUGGGCUGCACAGAAUGGCAGCAGCGAAUGUUGCCGAAUUAUACUACUAGACAUUACUGGUGCUACACUUGUUAAUUAUAAAGACUUUUCUGGGAAGUGCGCAUUACAUUAUGCAGCUGCUGCUGGAAACGUUGACGUCAUAAAACUGCUGGCAGAUGUUGAAAAUAUUAGCAUUGAACCUGAAGAUCCAGAUGAUAGAACUCCUCUACAUUGGGCUGCUGCUAUGGGUCAUCAGGACUGUGUUUCGCUACUACUGAGGUUAGGGGUAAAACCAAACUCAAUCGACAUUGACGGAAACACGCCAAUUGAUUAUACAAGACAAACUGGUCAUAAAGCAUGUCAGAAACUCCUUGAGGAAAGACUUGGAAUUAAAAGUUCUCCUACGCAUAAGAAGGAAAAACGAAAGAAAAGUAAAGACCAACCCCAUUCUUUAAAUCCAUUUGAAAAAUUAAAAGGACUAUUUAAAAAAAGGUCAAAUGAUGUUAAAAAUGACGAUAAAUUAUUAGAAAUGAAAACAGUUCACAAAAGAGAAUCAGUGACCUCGAUGACGCUUGUGCCAAAAAUUGUUUUAUAUGACCAUGAUGAUAAUGACGGAAAGGAAAAUACUGGGAAACGUAAAAAGUCUAAAAAGCCUCAUAAGGCACAUACAGAUUUUAAUUCACCUGGGUACUUCAUUCCCUCAGUAUCUCCAUCAGUUCCUCUUCCUCCAGUAGGAUCGCCCCUCCUUCCACUGUCACCAAGACUUCCAGUCCAACCACCAGAAAGUAAACGAGAAGAAGAGCUCGCACCACUUAGAGUCCCAAAACAUGCCACAGGGAAACCAGUUGUCCUACACGAUAAGGUUGCAGCGUUAAGAUCUGAAAAAGAAGGAGAAUCAAGAACUCCCACUCCUCCACCACAUUUAAAGGCAGCAUUAGGACCUGGAAGGCAUCAAAGCUCAAGUCCAACAGACUUUCUCCAUAAAAAGACCAAGAAAAGGCUUGAGGCAACAGUAUGGUCCCAACCAAAUGACAUUGCACCUUCACCAAGGUCAAAAGGUUUACAAAGUGGUGCUGGAAAAUCACAAUUAUCCCCCUUAGCUAAUCAAUAUGGACAAAUGACAACCAUGGAAAAGAAGACUUUAGACAAGACAAUACAUAGUUUGUUACAAUGAUUCUAAUUGGAUGAUCGUGUGUUAAAAAAACUGUGUUCAAAUAUUGUGUUGUGCUAACUUACCUGGUACAAAAAUCUUAAUAAUAAACUCUGUGAUUCAUUCAUUCUUUUUCAACCAUUUAUUUUUAAAAUGGAAAAUACUAACGAAAAUAAUGACAUCUUUUUUCAAAUUGAUAAUUUUGCUUUUAUUAUAAAUUGUACAAGUAUACAUAAAACAAAUAGAAUUAUUAUACGUCAUGUUAACAUACCAGAUUUUGAUUGGUUAAUACGAGGGAGACAAUGUACUCUAUCCAAUGGAAAAAAUCUAUUACCCUUCACGGAGACGCUUGCUCAAGUGUGCGCUUUAAUAAAUACGGAUGAUUGUUAUGUACAUGACGACACAGUUUAUUACUUUGAAAUUUAAUAGACAGUAAUAACAGAACAUUCAGUAUAAUAAAUUAAAUAACACAUAUCUGAGAGGGUGAUAGAGCAGAUUGGUACCCCUCGAAAAGACAUUGUCAACCUUGGCUUCGCCUCAGUUAAUAAUGUUUUCUCGGGGUAACAAUCUGCUCUAUCACCCUCUCAGCUAUGUGUUAUUUAUAUAUUGUUACAUUGAAAAUUGUCCCAUGAACAGAACCAAUAUCAGAAAGUUGUUACAUUUAAAACUUAGUAGAAUUCAAAUAAAUAUUAAGGUGUAAAGAAAUGAUAUGGUGACAAAUACUCAUUAUAUCAAAAUAUUAUUCAGUCCAACACAUUCCUGUUGAAAUCAAUUUUGAUUAAAUAGUUCAAAUUUUACAUCUUUUUGGUUUGGACUGUUUUCAUUUAUCAGAGAAAAAGUCAAAAUUGUCAAAUUCUAUCACAAUAACAUAUAGCAAAGCUGUGAUACUAUGAACUUUGGUAAAGAUUCCAUAACUUGUUCAUUUUAACUCUGUUGGUGAAAAAGAUCAAUCUAUUCAUUCAAUCUAUUUGUAGCAAUCCUAGAAGAGGAAACAUUCAAACUUAAAACAUUGAUCUGUUCCAGUAAUCAAAAUGCAGGAAAUGAACUAAAAAUCUCGUUAAGUUAAGAACUUGUAAAAUAUGGCUUAUAAUUAAAAUUAUUUUUUUUGUGAAAAACAAAUCUGUUUCCUAGAAGCUUUAAAAAUUUUCAGUUUAUAUAAGAAGAGGUUGUCAGAGAAUAGUGGUGCUUAAGAUGUACAGUUGAACCAAAUAAGAUUUAAACAAUUGAUGAAGUUUAAGAUUUUACUUUGUUGACAACCUGCAAGAAUCAAUAACUGUUAAGAAUGUCAGCAGAUUGAAAUUUAAUAUAACAACCCUUAGUGUUAAAAUUACUUCACAAAAUUUUCAAAGGCAUCAUUAAUUGUACUUAGAACUUCAGGUUGAAGCAGAAAAAUCAAAGUAGUGCCAAUAUAUUCAAGGGUGGAGGGCCUCCACACUUGGAAAGGUUGUGGUGAUCCAGAAAUUUUGUUUGUCAUUAAAAAAGUUAGUGUAUGAACCCCUUUAUUUGAUAUGUGCCUUGCAAUUUGCAUAAAAUAAAUUUUUAGCACCUAUAAUUAAAAUUAAUUCAUCCUCUUAUUAUAUUGUCAAGAAUAUGGAUGAAAUGCUUGCUACUUGACCUUAAGCAAAGAGCAAUUAGUCUUUAUAAAAGAUUUUCAAUCUCAUGUAAUAAAAACAAUAUAAUGUAAUAAUGUUUUUAUAUAAUUUUCACAGCUCAUGCAGCAUUAAGUGUCUUACAUGUGUAUAUGAAUAUUUAUGAACCCCUCCCUUUGUGAUACUGUUAUUAUCCAUAUAUGUUAAUAAACUGUGUUAUGUUUAA